AUGCAUUUAUGUCCAUGUCUAUCCAUCUUGGAUGUAGCUGGUCAAAGCGAAUGUCUUUUUACUUACAUAAUAAUCUACUUAACAAUUAUAGCGAGCAUGAAUUUGGAAUGGAUUGGAAUGAAAAAUAAUAAUUGGGCCAUGAAGUUCGUAAUUGAAGCAAAACGAAAUGAGUUGACAGUGAAUAUGUUUAAUGUAGUGACUGUGAAAAGAUAA